CUCGAUUUAGUCUUGAGAAGUUGAUCGUACCAAACACACCUGUAGACAGACGUAACGGUCGAAACGUAGUGAGCAAACCAUACGGACGGUUUGGGUUUUGCUCUGUUUUUAUUGUUGUUGUUUUUUUUUCGCUUAUGUGCUACGCUCGUUUUUCCAAUCGUGUUUGGCGGUUUGUUCAUUGCCUCUGCAACAACGACAAAUUCAACACGUUCACCAAUACAUAAAAGUGUCGUGUACAACAACAACAACUAUAACUAAUAUACUGUUACUAACUUGGCCAUGUCAAUGACGCGACGGUGAGCGCCAAUACGCGUCAACGUCAAGUGCUAACUGAAAAAUGCCUACCGAGAAUACAAUGCUAGAGGACCGCCCUGGCGGCGGUGCCAUGACUAUGACGCGCCCGAGCCGCCUGGAGCAAUUCUUGCAAGCGCCUGGCGCUGGCGGCGCGUCGGAGCAACGUAGCGCUUCUAGCGGACGUGUGCCGGGCGGCGCUGCUGCCGCCGCUGCUGCGGCAGCUGCUUAUGAGACACAACUCGCUUACCAACAUCAUUUGGUGGCGGCUGGUUUGAUGGGCGCUGGCGGUGGCGCGGCAAAUGCGCAAGCGGCACAUUCCGCCUUCGUGCCAGUGCUGCCAUCACGUAAUGCAAUGCGCGCGCCAGGCGCCGCCGCCAUUUAUGGUGGCAUGCUGGACGCGGAGGUGGCCAAGGAGGCAAGCAAACGUCAUGGCAGUAAUACAAAUUUCGAGAUCAUCUCUAUGAUGGCGGAUAAACGUAAAGAGUUGGCGCUGCGCGAGGCUGCCGCGGCGGCAAUGUUGAUGCAACGACCACCUGGGCAGGGUCCACCACCGGGUGUGCCUACUGCUGUUAUGUAUCCACCACCACCGUAUUUGGGCGGACCGGGCCCAUCGCCAACUGGCGCCGGCACAUUCGCCUUUCCAUCGGCAGCCGCAACGGCAGCGUUGUUUCCCGCUGGGCUGCCACCAACUAUGCACGCUGGUUUGGAUCGCCGUUUAUUGCGCGCACCGGGACGCGCAUCACGUCCGAAGAAGCAGUUUAUUUGCAAAUUUUGUAAUCGUCAGUUCACCAAGUCUUACAAUCUGCUCAUACACGAGCGCACGCAUACCGACGAGCGACCGUAUUCGUGUGACAUAUGUGGCAAGGCAUUCCGCCGGCAGGAUCAUUUGCGCGAUCACAGGUACAUACACUCCAAGGAGAAGCCAUUCAAAUGUACCGAAUGUGGCAAGGGUUUCUGCCAAUCGCGCACACUUGCCGUCCACAAGAUCCUACACAUGGAAGAGUCGCCGCACAAGUGCCCCGUCUGCAGCCGCAGCUUCAAUCAGCGCUCCAAUUUGAAAACGCACCUGCUCACGCACACCGAUCACAAGCCGUACGAGUGUUCUUCCUGUGGCAAAGUGUUCCGACGUAAUUGCGAUCUGCGACGUCAUGCGCUCACACAUGCGGUCGGUGAUGGGCCCUCGGAGUAUGUGGACGUGGGCGAAGAAGAUGAAGGCCGACAUUUGAGUGGUGAUGAAGAGGACACACUAUUGGAAGUGGAUUCACCGCGACAAUCGCCGAUACACCGCUUACACAGCGGUACGCCAACACAAGAGCUCGGCGGUGCUGCUGGACACGCGGAGAAGUCCAGUGGAGAGGCACGUGCAGCAGCGCGCAUGCGUCUCAAGCGUAAGGCAUGCUAUGAUGCAGCCGAAAUUUCUGAUGAAUCUGAAGAAGAGUUAGACGAGGACGAUGAGUUGGAUGAGGCCGAGCUGGAGGACGAGGCGGAGUUGGGCGAAGAUGAAGACGAGGAAGAAACAGUGCAAAAUAUGCCAAAAGUUGGUUUACUAGAACCGCGUCCCACCGGGCAGGGUGUGACACAUUGCCAUCACGAAGGCGGUGAAAUGUACACUAUGCGCCCGACGCAUGAAACGCGCGACUUACAUGAUGCAAUGCAUGCUAGCGAUUCGCCGCACACUUUUAACGCACCGCCAACCGGUUCUGCCUUCAUGCCGUCUUCGCCGAGCGCACGUUACAAUCCGAUGCGCGCGUUACCCGGCGCUGGCGAGUCCAUACAUUCGCCUUCAACAUCCAAUGGACCCGAACCGUACAUACCGAUGUUACAUGUACGUAGAGAUCUCCAUCCAAAAGCGUUGCUAUUAAGCGCCGCCGAAAUGAAAGGCGCAAAUAUAAUCCCACCAGGUGUAUUGGUGGGCGCACCGGCGUUACCCACACCAACACAACAACCACCACCGACAGUGUCAACAAUUGCAUUGCCACCAGUGUUAACACAGGCGACGCAAGCAAGCGGUAUAGCGCCUGCUGCGCCACCACCACCCUUACCGCCGCUCUUAGAUACGGGUAAGAAUUUACAACAACCGCUGCACUCACCGCUCGAAUCAAUGCCCAGUUUUCUGGGUUCCAUACCGAUACGCAAGCGCAUUGUGGGACUCGAACAAAUAGCCGAGGCGCAACGCGUCUACAACGCGCACACACAAAACGCCGGUCUUAUGGCACUCAAUAUGACGCGCACGCAUACCGCGCUAAAAGCAACACCACCGCCGCCACACACUCUGCUCCCGGGGAAGCCAUACAUGUCAAGCAUAAAUCAAGCGCCGCUCUUAUGCGAGUCUAAAACGUUGCUAGCUGCCGGUGUUGGUAUUGCUGUUGGUAGCGCGCAUGCUGACACCUCAACACUGUUGAGCCGAGAAGCGGCGGUGGAUAUAGCGCCAUUAACGAGCGCCAGCAGCAGCAGUGAGCGUCACUACCUAUUGCCACCUAAUAAUGCAGUUAAUUUGAAUACUCAGGAACCGUUGAGUGGCGUUGGCAGUGCAACUCGCCCAUCAUUAUCACCAGCAUCUACGGCGAUGACUAUGCAACCGCACCAGCAGCAGCAGCAGCAAGCAGCGCCGCCACCUACGCGCCGCACCGGCUUUAGCAUAGAGGAUAUAAUGCGCCGCUGAGGCUGUAAUUGCUGCCACAACAUUCCUAUAUUUUACUUUUUAUCAUACCACAAUGGUUUCUUUAAGAUUUUUGAUAUACUAUUUGCUAUAUAUUUAUGUUUAAAUAGUUUAUAGAAUACAUUUCAAAUCCUCAAGUGCCUUCUCAUAUGCUAUGUACGUACGUAUAUUCUAGUGCUUCAAAGCCAUGCUAUGUAUACUUAAGUUAUCCACACAUAAUUUAAUUAGUAUUUCCGCUUAGCUUAAGUUGCUUAUAGCUGUACUUUUAUGCAAAUCAGUGAGCUUUUUAUUUGUAAAAUUUCAAUUAUUUUUCAUAUAUCUAUAAUAUUAUAUAAUAAAUAUACAUAUGUCAAAUUAGUUUUAAACAUCAUAAGUUACUAGUUUAAUAGCWCCUUUAUAUGUAUGUAUGUAUUCUACUUGCCGGGCACUUAGUGCUCUAAAAUGAGUUAUGUAUGUAUAUAUACAUAAAAUAUUAUACGUUUACUUAAUAAGGUAACAAAAGUAAAAAAAAUUGUUAAAAAUGUGUAACGAGUUGAGCAGCGCUUUCUUUAAAGAAAUUUUAAUAAGUAAUAUUGUAAGUAGAUCUUAUAUGUAUAACCGAUUGAGCUGCGAGAAAACUUAUCUAUAUUGCAAACCACAUCUAUGAUAAUUUUCAUAUAAAUUUUGUGCUGUUGCACCCGAAAAGCGCACUACAGUUUUUUACAGAAGGUAUACGGAAAGCGACUUUAGUAUAGUAUUAAAGUAAUUUUAAGCCUAUAACAGAUUGUUUAAUUUUUUUGUAAAAAAUAACAUUUCGGGUUUAAAAAUGUGAAUCAAGUAGUUUCGGGAUUUUUUCGGGAUUUUUAUUCUUUUGCUUUUUUGUAAAAAAAAAUCAAAUUUCGGGCUUAAAAAUGUGAAUCCUGAAAUUUCAGGGUUUAUCGGAAUUUUUAUUCUUUCGAUUAUUUUUAAAAAUAAAAUUUCGAGACUAAAAAUGUGAAUCCCCAAAAUUCUGGAGUUGUCGGAAUUUUGUUCUUUCGAUUAUUUUUAAAAAUAAAUUUUCGGGACUAAAAAUGUGAAUCCCGUAGUUUCGGGAUUUUUUCGGGAUUUUAAUUCUUUCGAUUCUUUGCACAAAAAUAACUGAACUUUCGGUAUUAAAAAUGUGAAUUCCGAAAUUUCGGGGUUUGAAAAUUAUUUAUGUAUUGGAACAAUCAAGACUUGCAAACACAUUAAACUUGUGUAAAAAUAAUUUUUGACAUUAUGAAAAAAAUUAUUUUAACUAAUCAAUUUAUUAUUAUUAUUCAUUUUAUUUUAUUUGAGAAUAUAAAAUCAUAAAAAGUGAACUGUUUUAAACACUAGACUCUCUCCACAGCGCAGUUAAUAUUGAAAAAUCAAAAUUAAUAAAAUUUACUGUAAAUUAAAGAAGUGAUAUUUUAUGAAA